CUGUUUCUGUUCAUUGUGUACCACUGACCACACUUUGAAUAGUUUUAGUUGCAUUAGAUUAAACGCGUCAGCGAGGCUGCAGCUGUUCACGUCAUCUGCCGUUAGCUGUUAGCUUUUAGCAUGGUCUGUUGAUCUCCCUGUUGGAGUAAAGCAUGCUGCACUAACUCUUAACUCUGCCAACCUUUAAUAACAACAGAGAAAGGACUGGAGAAAGCCAGCGAAGGAGUGAUGGAGAAAGCGGAGGAAGCCGUUGAAAAAAGGAAAGAUGUGGCUGUCAAGGGUGAAUCUGCCAUCAAACCAGAAUUUCUAACAACCAAAGAGAAAUUUCAUGGGUUUGUGGACUCUGAGUGGAAAGGCCCAAAAGGAGAGAAGGCCGACGAAAAUGACAAAGUUGAUGAGACGAAGGAGACACCUAUUGAGGAACCUGAGGCAAAAAAGCUCAAACUUGAACCUGAGGAGAGCAAUAAGGGGGGGAAACCAGACGGUAAAAGACUACGGGGACAGAAUAAGUCGAGGCCACACACAAAACCUACCGCCUAUGAUGAGAGACGACUGUGUCUCUCCGUCAUUCAGGUCGAUAGGGUCUGUCCCUUUGGAGACAAAUGCCACUUUGCCCAUGACGUCCCAUCCUACUUGGCCUCUAAGCCCGCAGACAUCGGGGAAAGCUGCUACCUCUAUGACACGUUUGGAAAGUGUGCUUUUGGUCUCACCUGCCGCUUCGCCAAGGCACACACUACAGCUGACUUCAAAACCAUGGAGAACGCCGAGCUAAUUAAAGCCUGUGAGGGCAAGACCACGGUGAAGAACAGCCUGAGUAAAGACCUCCAGAAUCGUCUGAGGAAGCGUUCGGUGGCUUUCAAGAAGUCAGCAGAGUACCUCAAAACACUUUCAAACAACAAAGACAAAAAAGAGCAGCAAGGCAACGGUCAUUCUUGUGCCGCUGAAGUAGCUGCAGAUCCAACAACAGCAGCGGAGCAGCAAGUGUCCACUGAGGCAGAAGCACAGCUACAAGCCAACACAGAUAAACAGCCUCCAGUGAAGACUGUUGGCCCACUGACUGAUGUAGAUGUCAUCAAGCUGCGCUCAUGUGAAAAGAAGCAGGUGGACUUUCAAGACAAGCUCUACCUUGCUCCUCUAACAACUUGUGGAAAUCUGCCUUUCCGUCGUGUGUGCAAGCGCUUUGGAGCAGAUAUCACCUGUGGGGAGAUGGCCAUGUGCACAAACCUGCUGCAGGGGCAGCAGUCAGAGUGGGCCCUCCUGAAACGACACGAAAGUGAAGAUGUUUUUGGUGUCCAGGUGGAGGGAUGCUUCCCCGACACCAUGACAAGGUGUGCAGAGCUCAUCAACAAUAACACCGAGGUUGAUUUCGUAGACAUCAACUCAGGAUGCCCCAUUGACCUCGUCUACAAGAAGGGUGGAGGCUGCGGCCUGAUGACACGCACCAGAAAGUUUGAACAGAUAAUCAAAGGAAUGAACUACGUUCUUGAUGUCCCGUUGACAGUCAAGAUCCGCACCGGUGUUCAGGAGAAGAGCAACGUAGCACACAAACUCAUCCCUGAGAUGAAGAAAUGGGGCGUCUCAAUGGUCACAUUGCACGGCAGAUCCAGAGAGCAGCGCUACACUAAGUUAGCUGACUGGGACUAUAUCUCCACCUGCUCCAAACUGGCUAGUCCUGUCCCGCUUUUUGGUAAUGGAGAUAUUCUGUCCUAUGAAGAUGCCAUGAAAGCCAGAGAGACUGGAGUUUCUGGUCUUAUGAUUGCAAGAGGUGCUCUCAUUAAGCCCUGGAUCUUCACUGAAAUAAAGGAGAGCAGACACUGGGACAUCUCAUCCAGUGAGCGACUGGACGUCCUCAGGGAUUUCACCAACUUUGGUCUGGAGCACUGGGGCUCUGACACUCGAGGUGUGGAGAAGACCCGCACCUUCAUGUUGGAGUGGCUCUCCUUCAUGUGCAGGUAUAUUCCAGUGGGCCUUUUGGAGCGAGUGCCUCAGAAGAUCAACGAGCGACCUCCGUACUACAUGGGCAGAAACUACCUGGAGUCCCUGAUGGCCAGUCAACACGUUGGGGACUGGGUCAGGAUAAGUGAAAUGCUACUUGGACCUGUCCCGAAGAAUUUCAACUUUUUGCCCAAACAUAAAGCCAAUGCCUACAAGUAAAUUGUUUUUUGUGGCUAUUCCUUUUUUUUUUUUUUUCAUUGUUAUUACUGGCUAUAGAGAAUAAGAGUCAAAGAAAGUUCUAUUGUGUUUUGAAUAAAGACUAUUGAAUAGUCUGUUUAUUUGACCUGUGGGUGCAGUAAUAAAAUACAUGGGUGUCUGUAUACUUGAAAUAUAUGCAAUAAAUUCUUUUGCCACGCCAA